AUGUCUAUAUUCAGCUUUGACGAAGAGAUCGGAAAGCUCACUGUUAAUGGGAGCUGUGCUGUGAUCGACAGCGAAGACGAUGGCUUUGAACAAGAAAAUUCGGGCGUUUUAUGGCAUAAAAAUCUGUUGUCGGAAAACCCAAGAUCUGAAAUUGGGUCUUCUCAUCUCGCGGCGCCUUCCAGUUCACCUUUGAACAUCGUCAAUGGGCGCCGAAGGUCUUCGGUGUAUGACAAAAUGUCUGUAGUCACACCGCCAAAUACGAGGAGGCUUAUGCUGCCUUCCAACGAGGCUAACAGUGACAACUCGAGCUUUUGUAGCCCCAGCACUCUCAAAAAGCAUGGUCUGCGUGUUUUGGAGGACUUCCGGCCGAUCAGGGUCCUGGGACGGGGCGCAUAUGGGAAAGUAUUGCUCGUAAAAGAUUCGCAUACAAGUCGCUUGUACGCCAUGAAGCAAUUAAAGAAAGCAGAGAUCCUUAUUCAUGAAGAGUCAGAUACCUCACCCAAUAAAGAAGAAGCAUUAGAGAAACGUCUGGAACGUACAUUUGCUGAAAGAACGAUUUUAUCCGAGUUGGAACAUCCAAACAUUGUCAAGCUCUUUUACACAUUCCAUGAUCAUCAUAAACUAUACCUAGUCCUGCAAUUCAUACCUGGUGGAGAGCUUUUCUAUCACCUAAAAGAACAAGGUGUUUUGGACGAAGAUACCGUAACCUUCUACGCUGCGGAGAUUAGCUCCGCACUAAAGUUUCUACACAGCAAAGGUAUUGUAUAUCGCGACUUGAAGCCCGAGAAUUGUCUUUUGGACGAAAGAGGUCAUUUAGUUCUCACGGACUUCGGAUUAAGCAAAAAGAGUGCCAAAAAUAGUAAUACUGCGACGGACAACCUACUCAAUCCUGGCGAAGCGGUAGACACUCUUUAUUCCAUUAUUGGAACGCCUGAAUACUGUGCCCCAGAGAUUCUGGAAGGUAAACCCUACACGCAAAAUUGUGAUUGGUACUCCUUAGGAUGUCUCGUGUAUGAUAUGUUGACGGGCAAGCCGCCAUACACCGGCGUGAACCACAAAGUUAUUCUGAACAAGAUUAUGAAGGACAAAACUCCCAAAAUUCCAACGUACUUCAGCGAAGGAAUGAAAGACUUUUUGGGGUCGCUUCUCAAGAAGGAUGUCACGAAGAGAUGGGACGUGGAUAGAUUAUGGAAUACGGACGGUCCCAAGCCGAAGAAGAAAAAGGCCGGGCAAGCUAAGACUACUAGUUUCCAGUCCCACUUCGUGUUCCGGAAGAUCGAUUGGGCUAAGCUAGAAACUGGCGAAGUCCAAAAAUGCACCACUGGGCCAAUCUUGCCGAUCAUAACAAAUUGGGAGCUUGCUGAAAAUUUUGACACCGAAUUCACGGAGAUGCGCUUAGAUAGCGAAACGGAAAAUAAUUGCAUCAAUAUUCAGCGGUUAAUUAGACCAGGGGAUGCACAAGUGUUCCAGGGAUUUAGCUACGUUGCAAGCACAAGCUACUUAGAACGCCAUUUUUGA